CGCAGUCGUGUACAGUCUGCCAUCGCUUCACAAUAACACUAUUUUUUGGCUCGGCGGAGGUUUGGAGGUGAUUUAGGAAGCCGGUAAAAAGGAAUUGGCGGCGAAGCUUCAGAAACCGAGGCGAGAGCAUGUCUGAGGAGCAGGAGAUCAUGUGCAAGUUAGAGAAUAUCCUGGAGAUCAGGAACAAAACUCUUCAGAUGCAGAAGAUCAAGUCUCGUCUGAAGAGCGAGUUCGAAGCCUUGGAGUGCGAGGAGAAACACCUCAGGGAGUACAAGCAAGAAAUGGACCUGCUCCUGCAGGAGAAGAUGGCACAUGUGGAGGAGCUGCGGCUCAUUCACGCUGACAUCAAUGUGAUGGAGAGCACCAUCAAACAGUCCGAAAAUGAUCUGAACAAGCUGUUGGAGACCACACGCCGCCUGCAUGACGAAUACAAGCCCCUGAAGGAACACGUGGACGCUCUGAGGAUGACUCUCGGGCUAAACCGGCUGCCCAACCUUAAUGAAGAGGAGGAGAGGCUCUCGUUAGAUUACUUCGAAAAACAGAAGGCCGAAUGGCAGAAAGAGCCGCAUGAGCCCAUCAUUCCAGAGUCCUUAGCGGCAGCUGCAGCCGCUGCUCAGCAGCUUCAGGUUGCGAGGAAACAAGAUUCCCGGCAGCCAGCCACCUUCAGACAGCAGCCUCCACCCAUGAAGGCAUGUCUGUCCUGUCACCAGCAAAUACACCGCAAUGCGCCCAUCUGUCCUCUCUGUAAGGCGAAGAGCCGUUCCAGGAACCCAAAGAAACCAAAGAGGAAGCCUGAUGAAUGAACAUAACGGGAUUUUCCAUUCGUAACCACAAGAGUGUGUUUAGAGCCUCUUUGCAUUUAACGUAAACAGUGGUGUACCCGAAUCAUUUCUGUGCUGUGCUUUAGUAAAUGUACUUGAUUUGAAUUUGAUAUCAAACUUGAUAUAACUUUGAAUAAGCUCAUCAAUGCAAUAACUAAUAAUAUUUUCUAGGUUUACAUCUUCACAUUCAUGCUUAAGUUGUCAAAAUUGCUAAUCAUUAAGGGAAAUACAGUUUUGUACUGUAAUUAUAUAGACAACACACAGACACAGACAUCAUCAGUAUGCAUAACUCUCAUAACUCGUCAUCAGACUCAUCUGGCAUAUCUAACAUAAAUAAAGGGGUGUGCAGCCGCACGCUUAUUCUAAUAAAUCAAAGUAGGAGUUUAUAACUUGAAUAAUGAUGAUGAUUAUGCUAAUGUUUUGUUUUUUUUUUGUCCCCAGUGCAUGUUGGCUUAGUAUUUUAGUAAUUAUCUAUUACGUGACUUGUGUUUUUUUUUUUUUAUAAACUAUCGUAAUCGUAACUCUACUAAAAGCUUUCUAAGCUUUACCGUAAAGUGUUAAAUGUAUUUUUUAAUCUCCUUUUUUAAAUGUUUUGUCAUGUGAUGUACAGUGCGCUUUAAUUGACAAACUAGUUUGUUGAAUAAAAAAAAAAUGAAAUGUCA